AUGUUUCGCCGGCUGCCAUCAACUCGCCCCCCGCUGUCACGUUUUCUCUCCACUGCAUUCCCAUCUCGCAGACCAUUUAGCACCACCGGGAGCAACUCGAACGCCCACGAAUCCAGUUCAUUCAAAGAAGGGGUAUCCCGGUACAAACUCUUCGCAAGUCCGUUUGCCAAGGUCUUCUUGGGAGCCAUCUUCACAUACCAAGUGAUUUACUGGACAUGGCUGAAGCUUGAAAUGGAUGAGUCGAAAUAUACCAAGAAUCAAGAAGUGGCGGCUCUGGAGAAGCAGGCUAGGGAGCUGACGAGCACCCAAAAAUAAGGGCUUUUCAUCUUAUCCUACGUGAACAUUGUAUUGUAUAUACCCCGUAUGUCAAUGUAAGCUUUUGACGUCACUUUCAUAUCAUUCAGAGCUAGUCUGG